AUGGCGACCAAGCAGCCGCUGCCCUCCCGCGAGCGUCGCCCCUCCACUGGAGCUCCCCUUGUGGACAUCCAGGGAGCUGUCGGCCCUGCAGGCAUCUCCCGGCCCAAGCACAGGAGGACUUUCACCGGCUUUGGCGCUGGAGAAAUCAAGCACGUUGAGGCCUCAAUCCCCGAGCCCCAGCGCGAGGCAUGGAGGCGGAACCAAGUCAAGAACAUCACCGACAAGGACACCUUCGAGAAGGAAGUUGUCCGCCAUGUCGAGACCACCCUGGCUCGUAGCAUGUUCAACUGCGACGAGACUGCGGCGUACUCAGCCACCAGCUUGGCCUUCCGUGAUCGGCUCAUCACCGACUGGAACAAGACCCAGCAGCGCCAGACAUUCCGUGAUACCAAGCGUGUUUACUACCUCAGUCUGGAGUUCCUCAUGGGACGAACCCUGGACAAUGCCAUGCUCAACGUGGGGCUGAAGGAUGUUGCCAAGGAUGGUCUCUCUGAGCUUGGCUUCAGAAUUGAAGACAUCAUCAGCCAGGAGCAUGACGCAGGUCUUGGCAAUGGCGGCUUGGGCCGACUUGCUGCAUGCUUCCUCGACAGCUUGGCUUCCCUCAAUUACCCUGCCUGGGGCUACGGUCUUCGCUACAGAUACGGAAUCUUCAAGCAGGAAAUCAUUGACGGCUACCAGGUUGAGGUUCCUGAUUAUUGGUUGGACUUUAACCCCUGGGAGUUUCCCCGCCACGACAUUACUGUCAAUAUCCAAUUCUAUGGCAAAGUCCGCAAGCAGACCAACGACGAUGGCAAGACCGCCUUUGUCUGGGAAGGCGGCGAGGUUGUUGAGGCCGUUGCCUACGACGUCCCCAUCCCUGGCUACGCUACACCCACCACAAACAACCUGCGACUCUGGUCCAGCAAGGCGUCCGGAGGCGAGUUCGAUUUCCCAAAGUUCAACAACGGCGACUACGAAGGUGCUGUCUCCGAUCAGCAGAGGGCCGAGACCAUCAGUGCCGUGCUGUACCCCAACGACAACCUGGAGCAGGGUAAAGAGCUGCGACUGAAGCAGCAGUAUUUCUGGGUGGCAGCAUCUCUCUAUGAUAUUGUGCGCCGCUUUAAGAAGACCAAGCGUCCCUGGAAGGAGUUCCCCGACCAGGUCGCCAUCCAGCUCAACGAUACCCACCCCACUCUUGCCAUUGUCGAGCUACAGCGCAUCCUCAUUGAUAUUGAGGGCCUGGGAUGGGACGAGGCAUGGCAGAUUGUCACUGCCACGUUUGGCUACACCAACCACACCGUGCUCCCAGAGGCCCUGGAGAAGUGGCCGGUUGGGCUGGUUCAGCAUCUGCUGCCCAGACAUCUCCAGAUUAUCUAUGAUAUCAAUCUGUUCUUCCUGCAAAAGGUCGAAAAGGCCUACCCCAAUGACAGAGACUUGCUCAGCAGAGUCUCCAUCAUUGAGGAGAGCCAGCCCAAGAUGGUGCGGAUGGCCUUUUUGGCCAUUGUGGGCUCUCACAAGAUCAACGGUGUGGCUGAGCUGCACUCGGAUCUGAUCAAGACCACCAUUUUCAAGGACUUUGUUGAGAUUUACGGCCCAGACAAGUUCACCAACGUGACCAACGGCAUCACCCCCAGACGUUGGCUGCACCAGGCCAACCCUCGCCUGUCCGAGUUGAUUGCUACCAAGUGCGGCGGUGAUAAUUUCCUCAAGGACUUGACUGUUCUCAACAAGCUGGAAGCUCAUGCCACGGACAAGGCCUUCCGCAAGGAGUGGGCAGAGAUCAAGUACGCCAACAAGGUGCGCUUGGCCAAGUACAUUCAGAGCACUCUUGGCGUAUCGGUCAACCCGGCAGCCCUGUUUGACGUGCAAGUCAAGCGAAUUCACGAAUACAAGCGCCAGCAGCUCAACAUCUUUGGCGUCAUCCACCGGUAUCUGACCCUCAAGGCCAUGAGCCCCGAGGAGAGGAAGAAGCAGCUGCCCCGUGUCACCAUCUUUGGCGGCAAGGCUGCUCCUGGUUACUGGAUGGCCAAGCAAAUCAUUCACUUGGUCAACGCCGUCGGCGAGGUCGUCAACAAGGACAGUGACAUUGGCGACCUGCUCAAGGUUAUUUUCCUGGAAGACUACAACGUCAGCAAGGCCGAGAUGAUCAUCCCCGCGUCUGACAUUAGCGAGCACAUUUCCACCGCAGGAACAGAGGCAUCUGGCACCAGCAACAUGAAAUUUGUCCUCAACGGAGGUCUCAUCAUCGGAACCUGCGACGGCGCCAAUAUUGAAAUCACUCGUGAGAUUGGCGAAAGCAACAUCUUCUUGUUCGGAAACCUCGCCGAGGAUGUGGAGGACUUGCGCCACAACCACAACUUUGGCUCUCACACCAUCGACCCCGACCUGGAGAAGGUCUUUGUCGAGAUUGAAAAGGGCACGUUUGGCAUGCCCAACGACUUUAGCGCCUUGAUCGCUGCCGUCAGGGACCACGGUGACUACUACCUGGUGUCAGACGACUUCCACAGCUACAUCGAGACGCAUGCCCUCGUCGACGAGGCCUACCGCAACCAGGACGAGUGGGUGACCAAGUGCAUCACGUCCGUGGCCCGGAUGGGCUUCUUCACCAGCGACCGCUGCAUCAACGAGUACGCCGAGGAGAUUUGGAACAUUGAGCCGCUGGAUACCACUGAAACGUAG